GCCAUUGUGUGUCCUUCCUGGGGUUUCCAGAAUGUCCACAGAUGGAGGCUUUGGUGCAGGGAGCAACAGCGAUGCCCAGCAAUGCCUUCAGUCUUUCUGGCCUCGGGUCAUGGAGGAGAUCCGGAACCUAACAGUGAAAGACUUCAGAGUUCAGGAACUUCCACUGGCACGCAUUAAGAAGAUAAUGAAACUAGAUGAAGAUGUGAAGAUGAUCAGUGCAGAAGCACCGGUGCUGUUUGCCAAAGCUGCUCAGAUAUUCAUCACAGAGCUGACGUUACGGGCCUGGAUCCACACCGAGGACAACAAGCGUCGGACCUUGCAGAGAAAUGACAUUGCCAUGGCCAUCACCAAGUUUGACCAGUUUGACUUUCUCAUUGAUAUCGUUCCGAGGGAUGAGCUGAAGCCUCCCAAGCGCCAGGAGGAGGUGCGUCAAGCCGUGACACCGGCGGAGCCCGUCCAGUACUACUUCACGCUUGCCCAGCAGCCUGCCGCUGUCCAGGUGCAAGGGCAGCAGCAAGGGCAGCAGACGACCACGUCCACCACCACGCUCCAGCCGGGACAGAUCAUCAUCGCGCAGCCACAGCAAGGGCAGGCCACCCCGGUAACUAUGCAAGUUGGCGAAGGUCAGCAGGUGCAGAUUGUCCAGGCGCAGCCGCAAGGGCAGACGCAGCAAGCACAGAGCGGGACGGGGCAGACCAUGCAGGUCAUGCAGCAGAUCAUCACGAACACAGGCGAGAUCCAGCAGAUCCCGGUCCAGCUGAAUGCCGGCCAGCUGCAGUAUAUCCGCCUAGCCCAGCCUGUGUCUGGCACCCAGGUGGUGCAGGGCCAGAUCCAGACACUUGCAGCCAACACACAGCAGAUCGCGCAGACAGAAGUCCAGCAAGGACAGCAGCAGUUCAGCCAGUUCACCGAUGGACAGCAACUGUACCAGAUCCAGCAAGUGACCAUGCCUGCCGGCCAGGACAUCACCCAGCCUAUGUUUAUCCAAUCCACCAAUCAGACGACGGAUGGACAGGCCCCCCAGGUUUCAGGGGACUGAACUGGCCCAGCCAGAAGGCCUCUGGAAAGGAGGGAAUUUGCAUCAACUUGAUUCCGAUGUACUGCCCACCUGGUUUGGAGGCCCUCUCCCCCCCCCGCCCUGUUCCCCCAAUCCCUUCCUUAAAAUAAAUCUUCAUUUGCUACAAAGCCUC